AGCAGGACCCAGAAGGACCUGGAACUGGCAAAGGAACAAGGAAAAUCCCCCAUCCCAUCCAACCUGGAAGUGAUGUUGAAUUCUGGGAAAGGACUGUGCCAGAGAUCUUGGCUAAGGACACCAUGACCUCAGAUGGACAUUGCCGACGCUUCCGGCAGUUCUGCUACCAUGAGGCCGAUGGGCCCCGAGAGGUUUGCAGCCAGCUCCAUGGACUUUGCAACCAGUGGCUGAAGCCGGAGAGGCACACCAAAAAGCAGAUCCUGGACCUGGUGAUCCUGGAGCAGUUCCUGACUCUCCUGCCCCAGGAAAUGCAGUGCUGGGUCAGAGGAUGUGGGCCGGAGACCAGUUCCCAGGCGGUGGCCCUGGCCGAAGGUUUCCUCCUGAGUCAGGCAGAGGAGAAGAGGCAGGCAGAACAGGUCUCAGAUUCCCUGGGGAGGGGAAGGCAGGCAAACCUCGAAAAGGAGCAUCCACCUUCUGUGGAAGCAGAGCUCUGA